AAGAUGCUUUGACUCUUCAAAACUCUUGGAAUGCCUUAGAGUACAAAUUAUAAAUCCACCUUCAACCGUCCGGACCUACCACAGCCUUUGUGGCACGCCCACGUAACUGGGCCUUUGUGGCACGCCCAUUAGGAUCGGAUCUGGGCUGGCGUAUCCCAAAAUGGCUUGUGGUGGCCCAAUCAGCGCGUAAUUUUCUCGGCCCAAGCGAACAGCUUAGAGUAGUACGCUAAAAACAACCAAAUCACCCCCCAAAUCGACGCGCGUGAGAAGUAAGCAACCCCCCUGAUCCCAAAAUCGGCAACCGCCCCGCGAGGGCCGCGGCCACCUCUCCACCGCCUCCGGCCUCCCGCCGCGAUCCGCCGAACCCCGCAUAUAAUCCCACCUCAUCCGCACUCGCCCCACGACGUCUCGUGCGAUCGCCAUGGCCGACUGGGCGGGGCUCCACGAGGACCUGCUCGACCUCGUCGUCGUGCGCCUCUCGUCGCUCGACCUCCUCCGCUUCCGCGCCGUCUGCGGCUCCUGGCGCACCGCCACAGCUGCCUUCACCGCCCGCCGCGGCUUCCCGCGCCCCGACCGCCCCUGGCUGCUCCUCCCCACGGAUGUCAGCGCCGACCUCGCCCUCGACCGCGGCCGCCUAAUCGUGUGCUCCGACCGUGAGGUCUCCGUGGGCACCCUCCCAGCGCGCCUGGGCCGCGUGAACCCGCGCCAGUUCGUUCCCCUCGGCUCCGCGCGCGGGGCGAUAGUCGCCGCGGACGACCGUGGCGAGAUGCAUCUGCUCGACCUCGUUUCCGGCGCGCGCAAGCCGCUCCCAGCCGUUGCCACGCUCCCCCUCGUCGCCCGCGUCGUGGGCCUCCAGGUCCAGCACCUCGGCGGUGGCGUCCUCCCAAUCGACGCCGUCAUCCAGAAGGCCGUCCCGGUGCCCACCCCCGGCGGCGGCGUCAUGGUCCUGGCCAUCUACCGGCAGCUGAACCAUCGCAACCAGUGGGCUACGGCGCGGCCGGGCGACCACGCGUGGAAGUCCGUGGCGCCGACCAGCAUCCCCUCCGUGGUCGACGUGGUCGUCCACCGGGGCCAGCUCUACGCCAACACGAGGUACGGGAUGAUGUACGUCUUCCCAGAGCUGUACGACCUCAACUCCGCCUUCCCCGAGAUCAUCCCCUCCGUGACGCGCCGCCCGAACGCGUACGUGGAGCGCAGCUUCCUGGUGGAGUCCCCCCGCGGCGAGCUGAUGCAGGUGGAGCUGCUUCGCCCCGUGACGGCCGCUGGAGGGGAAGGCUUCGUGGUGCGCGUGCUGGACGAGUGCGGGGAGACGUGGGAGGACACGGAAGACAUCGGCGACGCCGCCGUGCUCGUGGACGCGGCGGGCGCCGUGGCCGCGUCCACCAGGGUGUGCCCCGCGCUGAGGCCCAACACCGUGUACUAUGCCGUGGACCUGGAGGGGGAGACGCGGGUGUGGGCGUACAGCCUCGCGGGCAAGCACAAGCGCAUCGAGGUCGUGGAGGUGCUGCCGACCGCCGACGGGUACAGGGCGCCGUGCUUCUGGUUCGCGCCGGUGUACUCGCAGCGGCAGCCGUGACUCGUGUGAUGCAACCAAAUCCGUUUGCUUGCUGCAUUGGCAUUGUGUCGGUACUGGACCACGUAAUGUGGUGAUUCGUUUAUGAGUUCGUUGCAGCUUGCAUCUGUCUGUUAGCGAGAAUGGCGUUGAAUUGAUCACGAUCGAGCACGCUACUCUUGCUUUUGUGUUAUCAUCAGGUUUCCUCGCCAUUGAUUUCCAUGUGACAGUAUAUUGCAGACUGCAUCUGUAUAUGCAAUAUUGCAUACUUGUUUUGUAUAUACGUGUGUUUUUACGUUAUUAUUAUGAUUUGUCAGCAUGAAUUCA